UCCUCAGGCUUGGAAAGACUUCUUGGUUAGUCAACAAUGAAUGUGGUAUUGCUGAUGUAUUCUUGUGGUCUGUGCUGAAGCAAGGAGGCCUGAAUGUUGGAGCUCCUGCAAACGUUGAUAAGUGGUACAAAAAGGUUGAUGCCAUGGCCAAGCUAGAAAUAAAUACAUUGAACUCUCAGAAUGAUACACAGAGCAAAUCGUCAUCACAGUCUAUUACCCCAGUUCAAACAAUGAAGAAGUCAGAUAACAAAAACAGCCUGACUUCUUGCAAGACUGAGUUUGUCGAUAGAAAUGGCCUAGAAAAGUACCUGAAGAGCUUAAGCAUACCAUAUCAGGUACAAGACCAUGAAGAAGUCUUUACAGUGGAUGCCCUCAUGAAGAAUGUGGGAGUAAUGCCUGGCCUACACAUGAAAAAUCUCUUUCUGAAGGACAAGAAGAAAAACCUGUAUUUGCUUUCAGCACGACACAAUGCUGAGGUAAAGCUCAGUGAAGUUGGAAAACAGUUAGGCACUAAGGAUUUAAGAUUUGGAGAUGAAGCCAUAUUGUACAGCACCCUUGGAGUAAAGCAAGGGUGUGUCACUGCCUUUGCACUCCUCAAUGACCACAGUCACCAGGUCAAGUUCCUACUGGAUUCAGAAGCAUUUAACGACUGUCACCCUUUCGUCAACUUCCAUCCCAUGUCGAAUGCUGCAACAUUAGGCGUGGCACCAAAAGACUUGAAGAAAUUUUUGAAUGCCUCUGGACAUGAACCAACAUUGCUAACAUUUAAUUAAAAUAGCCCGACUAAAAUUUUUUAAGAGCUAUGAAUUAGGUUGAUUGGGAAAGCAGCUUUAAGCAGUCAUAAUAAUAAAUAAGUGCAUAGAAGUUACGUUGUUUUCUAAAGAGUUUUUAAAAAAUGUGUAUACAUAUAUAAAUAUAUAUAUAGAUUAUAUGUCAUGGUUGUAUAGAGAAAAUCACAUGUAAGAGGUUUGCUGUUUUGAACAUGUUAUUGAUUGUCAAAUUUCACAUUUUUUCCCCAUUUUAAAUGUGAGGGUGAAAAAAAUUGUGUAUUGCUUAAGUCCAUCAAGAUUCCAUGCAAUACUAUGCUGUAUUACAAUCCAAAUUGAAUUAGGGUUUUGUUACACUAUGAACUUUUCACUUAUUCUUAAUACAGUGACUUGAUAUUUGGCUUCCACUGAGUAAUAAAUUGUUAUUUAUGU